GCUGAUUGGCCGGAUUUGAAUCGCGGCGGGCGCGCGCGCGGCCGGUGCCGUCAGCCCCGGGCCCUGUCGCGACAGCAGCGAGAGGCCGCGACAUGAAGGCGGCGGCCAGGACGCCGCGGAGGCCGCGGAAAGCCACGAACCCCACGCAGAAGGACCCGGUGGGGGUGUACUGCCGCGUGCGGCCGCUCAGCCGGGCCGACCAGGAAUGCUGCAUCGAGGUCAUCAGCGGCACCGCGGUGCAGAUCCACCCUCCCGAGGGCUACCGGAUCUUCCGGAACGGCGAGUACCGAGAGACCCAGUAUUCCUUCAAGGAGGUGUUUGGCACGCUGGUGGCGCAGAAGGAGCUCUUUGACGUGGUGGCCAAACCUCUGGUGGAGGAUCUGAUCCGGGGCAAGAACGGUCUCCUGUUCACCUACGGAGUGACGGGCAGCGGGAAGACCCACACCAUGACAGGAUCUCCUGGGGACGGGGGGCUGCUGCCCCGCUGCCUGGCCAUGAUCUUCAACAGCAUCGGCCCCUUCCAGGCCAAGAGAUUCGUUUUCAAGCUGGAUGACAAGAACGGGGUGGAUGUGCAGAGCGAGGUGGAGGCUCUGCUGGAACGCCAGAGGAGAGAGGCGCUGCCCACCCCAAAAACUCCAGCUGGGAAGAGGCAGCUGGAUCCCGAAUUUGCCGACAUGAUCGACGUGCAGGAUCACUGCCGGGUGGAGGAGGUGGACGAGGACAACGUCUACGGCGUCUUCGUGUCCUACAUCGAGAUCUACAACAACUACAUCUACGACCUGCUGGAGGAGGCUCCCUGUGACUCCAUCAAACCCAAGUGGAACAAUUGCAACACUCCUGUGAGAAAUGGAGACUUUGUACCUCCCCAGUCCAAAAUCCUUCGGGAAGACCAGAACCACAACAUGUACGUGAUGGGCUGCACCGAAGUGGAGGUCAAAUCCACAGAGGAAGCUUUUGAAGUCUUUUGGAGAGGGCAGAAGAAGCGGCGCAUCGCCAACACGCAGCUGAACCGGGAAUCCAGCCGAUCCCACUCCGUGUUCAUCAUCAAACUGGCACAGGCUCCUCUGGAUGCUGAUGGGGACAACGUGCUCCAGGAAAAGGAGCAGAUCACCCUGAGCCAGCUGUCCCUGGUGGAUCUGGCGGGAAGUGAGAGAACCAACAGGACCAAAGCCGAGGGGAACAGGCUGCGGGAGGCAGGGAAUAUCAACCAGUCAUUGAUGACAUUGAGGACGUGCAUUGAGGUUCUGCGGGAAAACCAAUUGUACGGAACAAACAAGAUGGUUCCAUACAGAGAUUCCAAACUGACUCAUCUCUUCAAGAACUAUUUCGAUGGGGAAGGGAAAGUUCGGAUGAUCGUGUGUGUGAAUCCCAAGGCUGAGGACUAUGAGGAAAGCCUGCAAGUGAUGCGUUUUGCAGAGAUGACCCAGGAGGUGGAGGUGGCCAGGCCCCUGGACAGGCCCCUGUGCGGGCUGACCCCGGGGCGGCGCCUCCGGAACCAGGCGUUCCGGGAGGAGCUGUCCCGCAAGCUGGAGCUCAGGGGCGGCCCCGUGGGAUCAGGACCGGAGGAGCCAUCUCCUGCUGAGCUGUUCUUCCAGAGCUUCCCUCCCCUUCCUUCCUGCGAGCUCCUGGAUAUCAACGACGACCAAACCCUCCCAAAACUGAUCGAGGCCCUGGAGCAGCGCCACAAAAUGAGGCAGAUGCUGGCUGAGGAAUUUGCCAAAAACGUUCAUGCCUUUAAAACAAUGCUGCAAGAAUUUGACUCCAGUGUUGCAUCCAAGGAAAAUUAUAUCCAAGGAAAACUGGCUGAGAAGGAGAAAACCAUAACAGGGCAGAGGACGGAGCUGGAACGGCUGGAGAAGAAGAUUAAAACCUUGGAGUACAAGAUUGAGAUUUUGGAGAAGACAGCCACGAUUUACGAGGAGGACAAGAGGAACCUGCAGCAGGAGCUGGAGAGCAAGAGCCAGAAGCUGCAGCGGCAGGCGUCGGACAAGAGGAGGCUGGAGGCCAGGCUGCAGGGAAUGGUGGCCGAGACCUCCCUCAAGUGGGAGAAGGAAUGUGAGCGGCGGGUGGCAGCCAAGCAGCUGGAGAUGCAGAACAAGCUGUGGGUGAAGGACGAGAAGCUGAAGCAGCUCAAGGCCAUCGUCACCGAGCCCAGAGCCGAGAGGCCAGAGAGGCCAUCCCGGGAAAGGGAGCGGGAAAAGGCUCUCCCGAGAUCCGUGUCGCCUUCCCCUGCGCCCAGCUGUGGUGACCCCGCUGAGCUCGGGGACAGCCGGGCGGCCCCGCGGGCGCCCAGGCGCUCCAACUCUUGCGGCAGCAUCUCUGUGGCCUCCUGCGUGCUGGAGUGGGAGCAGAGGGGCCCUUCCUGCGAGCCAGCCAGCAUUCCCAAAGCCAGGAAUAAAGCGGGAGCGGAGCCGGGCUCGGCCUGGCCCAGCCCUGCCAGGAGGAGAGGGAUGUGCUGGAGCCGAGUGCUGGAGGUGCCCAGGGAUAGAGAGGAGCUAGAGCAGGAAGAGGAUCCGUCCUGCAGGAGCGCUCCGGUGGCGCCGCUGCGGCCGCGGCGUUCCCGCAGCGCGGGCGAGCGCUGGGUGGAUCACCGGCCGCCGUCCCACGUGCCCACGGAGACGCUGCUGCAGCCGCGCGUGCCCAGGGCCAUCACCGUGGACGCCCCCAGCGAGCGCGCCCUGGCCCGCUGCGACCGCUACCUGCUGACCCACCAGGAGCUCGCCUCCGACGGGGAGAUCCAGACCAAGCUCAUCAAGGGGGACGUGUUCAAGACCAGAGGUGGGGGCCAGGCCGUGCAGUUCACGGACAUUGAGACCCUCAAGCAGGAAUCUCCCACCGGGCGGAAGCGCCGCUCAUCGCCUCCCAAUCCCGACCCCGCCGGGGACGCCGCGGACUCGGAAUGGACGGAUGUGGAAACCAGGUGUUCCGUGGCCGUGGAGAUGAGGGCGGGAUCGGCGCUGGGACCGGGAUUCCAGCACCACGCCCAGCCCAAGCGCAGGAAACCCUGAAUUUUUCCUGCUGGAAUCCAGGAUUUUCCCAGCCUGAGGAAUGCUCUGCUGCCACUGCUCCUCAGGAACUGCUUUGUGCUCAUUCCCGGAGGUUUUUAGGGAAGCUGGGAAAUGGUUCCAUUGGUGAUCCCAAAGAACUUCUGGAUGGAUCUGUCCUUUUCCAUAGAUUUAGGGAAAUCCAAAAGGUCCCUCUGGAGUUCCAGAUGGAGCUGGAUCAUUAUCAACAGUGCCAGCAGGUUUUUCCCUGGGAGGCUUUUCCAGUGUUUUCCCAGUUUUUUUCAUCCCAAAUCCAACUUUUCCGGUCAUUCCCUCUCUUUUGGGAGACCCAACCGCUGCUAUUCCGAGCUGCAGUCCAGCACUUUAAGGGUGUUUUUGGCCAUUCCCGAUUUUACUGGAACCAGGAAAACCUUGGGAAUACGGAUUUCUUCUGGCAAGGAUGAAUUUGGAAUAUUUAAGUGUGUUACUGAGCUGCCAGAACAUUCCAGAGUCACCCAAAAUCCCAGGAACAGUGGGAAUUCACAUCCCAGCUGCUUUAGGGUGUGAGGGAAUUCUGGAAUGUUUUCCAUAUGGGAAUGGGGGGGAAAGGGGAUUUCCUCACGGGUAGGGUGGGAAUUGGCUCUCUGUGUGUCCCUGCAAGAUGUUCAAUAAAUCCUUUUAUUCCAAA